GAUUCAAGCAAAAUGACAUUAAAGGUACUUGCACUCCUUGCCCUCGCGGCCACUGUCCUCGCCAGCCCUGACAGCCCUCCUGCCUAUGGCUACGGUGCUCCUGGUCCUGCUUUCGGACCAGCCAAGUACGACUUCAACUACGCCGUCAACGACCCACCCUCUGGCAAUGAUUUCGGUCAUCAGGAGUCUCGUGAUGGAGACUUCACUCAGGGUUCCUACUACGUCCGCCUCCCCGACGGUCGCCUGCAGACGGUCAACUACAACGUGCAAGGAGAUUCCGGUUUCUUGGCUGAGGUCAGCUACGAGGGUGAGGCCCAAUACCCAACUCAAGCACGUGCUUACACACCUGCCCCUACCUAUGGUUAAAAAGUGUUAAUUACGAUAUUAGAAGAUAUCAAAACUGUGUAUAUAUGAAUGUAUCAGUACGGAACGCUAUGGUAUAUUAUCUUCCAUACCAAUACUCCACUGUUUUAAUAAAGGAUUUA